AACGACUCCAGGCGGCCCUCUUCCCUCGCUUCUGAGCCCAUCGUCAUUCGCUCCCAGGAAAGCUUCGACGUGCCUCGCUCUAUCCCUGAGCUGCUUUUAUGUCUUUGUUUCGCCAUGGCUAAGAAGGCGCGUCAAAGGAUCAGCUACGUUCUCGAAAAUGCCAAGUCCUCGGCAGGCGGACAUCGCCUUGGUGUCAAUGGCCUCGCCGUCGAUCCGGACAACGCCAUCCUCUAUUCCGGCGGUCGCGAUGGCAUGAUUUGCGCCUGGGAUCUGAACCUUGACCUGCAUCGCCGAGCCGACGUCACCGACGAUGCGUCCGCGAAGCCACCCAAAUCGACCACCACAUUCCGAGCACAGACGCAGGCGCAUAUGCACUGGAUCAACGACAUCACUCUAGCGCAACAGAACACCGCAUUAGUCUCGGCAUCUUCCGACCUCACCGUCAAAGUCUGGCGGCCACACUCUCAGGAAGGCCGCAACCGCGCCCUCAAGAUUGGAGAGCAUGCCGACUAUAUCAAAUGCGUCGCAACGCCCCCGAGAGAUGUGAAUGCCAACUGGGUUGCCUCGGCCGGCCUCGACCGCAAGAUUUGUCUCUGGGAUCUCAACGGCGCGGGCCAGACACUCGAGGUUACAAAGGGUGAAGAGACCACGGAGAAGGGAUCCGUCUACGCUCUCGCAGUGGGCCGCAACCUCAUUGCCAGUGGCGGACCCGAGAAGACGGUCAAGCUCUACGAUCCGCGCUCCGGCUCCAAGGUCUCCAACCUCGUCGGCCAUGUAGAUAACAUCCGCGCCAUCCUGAUUGACGAUGUGGGCGAUACCAUCUUGAGCGCCAGUGCCGACAAGACGAUCAAGAUGUGGAGCGUCAGAGGUGGUCGUUGCGUGUAUACAUUUACCAUGCACGAUGAGAGUAUCUGGUCGCUAUAUUCAGACGACCCUCGCCUCGGUACAUUUUAUAGCAGCGACAGAUCGGGCCUCGUUGCCAAGACCGACGUGCGAGGCAGCUUAGAGGACAUUGAUGACGGACUUAGUCUCGCUAUUGCAAAGGAGCAUUUUGGAGUCUCCAAGGUCGUGGCCACGGGCGGUUACAUCUGGACAGCCACCGACCGAUCAUCAAUCAACCGCUGGGAAGACGUGGACACGAGUGCAGACCUGCCACUCCCCGAGACGUACCGCCGUCAGCGCGCAUUGUCAGCGGCCUCAAACAAAACACGGCAAUCGGCAGCAGCGUCAAUAGCAGCAGUAACAGCACCUCAACCGCAAACAAACGGAUCAGCCAAGAAAGAAAUCCCCGCCGAGUCGAUUUUGCGAGUAUCUAAUACAGCUACUUUCCCAUUGCGCGCGCCCUUGGACUCCGAACCGAAUCCUGUCAAUGAUGGUUUAUCAAGAAAAGGAUCAGAAGUCGCUGUGGAGCAGCCAGAGCCGGAAAUUAAAGCCAUCUACAAUUUGCCUAUAGAAACGAUUGAAGGCCAAUUUGGUCUUGUGAAGCACAAGCUACUCAACGAUAGAAGGAGAGUCUUGACUUCAGAUACCGCCGGCGACAUAUUGCUAUGGGAUCUCAUCAAGUGUAAACCAGUCAAAAGUUUCGGGAAAAAACACCUGGAGGACGUUGAGAGACAGAUCAAUACGAGAGAAGCGGUUGCGCCGUGGUGCUCGGUUGACUUGAGCUCCGGCAACCUCACAGUUGUGCUAGAGCCGUUCAACUGCUUCGAUGCCGAGGUAUACGCCGAUGAGCUGGAACUGGAUGAGCCCAUUGAGUUUAGAGAUGACCAGAGAGUCAGCCUUGGAAAAUGGAUUCUGCGGUAUCUAUUCGCCAACCUCAUCGAUGAAGAGAUUCGACGUGACGAGCUACAUCGGCAAAAGAUGAAUGAAGGUGUGGAGAAGAGACAACCUACUACCCGAGCCGAUGCGCCAUCAUCAAUUAUUAUACCCUCGCCUGGUCUGUCCAUGAGAGAUUCAUCAGAUCAACUCCUCACUCCGCGCGCCAGCCUUCCUCAUCUCAGUGUGACCACUCCUGGCCUCGCGAUCGGAUUGGCGUCUCCAGGUGCUGUCAUGACUCUUCAGGGCGUACCAGAAGAGGCUGUAGCAAGCCCCCUGGAGAAGGCAGGGUCUCGCCCAUCUGCCGAAAAUGACUAUUUUACUGCGGGUAUUACGCCAGCGGGCGGUGCAGCAGCAGCAGCCCCUGCGGCCGCGGCAGAGACGUCCGAACCCAAGACAUCCACGGAUAACGGCAAUGAAAAAGGCAAGGAAAAGGACAAGGCCGAAAGUAGCAAAUCUCCAUUCAGCAGAAAAUUCCGCAUGUCUUUCAGCUCUAGAAAGCUUGGCCGCUCGUUGUCUCAGGCGACACAGGACAAGCCGGUCGUCGUCGAUGACAAGGCUGAAGAAUCCGAGUCUUCUUCCAACCAUGACAAGGAAGUCGAUGAUAGCUUCUUUGGGGUUAUCCAGAAGAUUCGAAACGAGUACGAUAAGCAGACUGCCGAAUCACCCGAUAAGCUGGUCGAAACUCGAGUAACACCGAGCCUACCAUCCGAUACUCCCGUUUUGAAACUGCCCCCUGGGACCAAGGUCAUUAUCCAGGAAGAGACAUCGGGUGGCAGUGCAAACUUGUAUCAAGGGACUGUGGAGCAUGUCGGCCGAGAUGCCGACAUCAUCGAGCAGAAGGCGCCCAUGUGGCUCGGCGACGUGCUGCUGCUGAACCAGAUUCCGAUGAAGGACCCCAUCAAGAUAUCAUUUAUCCUGAAUCCCAUGGACAAUCUGCCUCCGAUCGCCUCGGAUGGAAACAGCCGACUGAACGCCAAUCGCAUGCUGCGGGUGAAGAAGAUUCUGGCUUACAUAUCCGAGAGGAUUGAGCCCGAGCAAGAGGAGGAUCCUAAUGCGCUCAAGCCUGAGGAGUAUCUUGAGCUUUACUGUAAUGACCAGCUCCUUCAUCCAACAAUGAACCUUGCCACACUCCGAACCCAUGUCUGGAAGGGCGGAAGCGACAUCAUGCUCUACUACAAAGCCAACGGCCGCAAGGAAAUCCUGCCAUUACGGCCUAGCUCCGAUGCAGUGCCCGUAGAGGCAGCUCCCGUGCAAGCCACGGCAGAGCCGACUGAGGCUCCCAACGGUGUAUAGGCGCAUUGUCUUUCUUGGCUGAUACCUUGUUCCUGCUUUUCAGGUUUCUAGUAGCGUGAUGUUUCUUUCUGCUUCUUUCCCCCCCGCCUCUGUCCUUUGUCUGUGGUUUAUAUCCCUGCUCACGAGCAGUAUAUAUAUGUAUCUGGCAAUUCUUCCUGAAUAAUUUUUAUUGCCGUAUCUUUGUUGUCGUUAUUGUACACAAAAGUAUCCCAUGGGAUAGGGAGGGAGGAUAUACAGUAUCGAAGCGCUGAUCUAUAUUCAUACAAAGAGCCCUCCUAAUAAUUGCCUUUCCUGUUUAUACAGCUAUAUUGAUACAUACAUAUCCUUUCGUCACAGCGUCUAUAUAUAACCCUUUUCUCUUUUAUACCUGUCCCUUUAUGAGUCUGUCGCAAAUGUCUUGAAGAAAGCCGUGAGGUCUGUUCUGUCAUGAUGGUAUGCUAUUCAUCGUGUUAAUGACCCACUGGUAGCUCCCGAGAAAUAUCGCCCCGCCAAUCGAUAUCCACGUCACGCGCGGCGCAAUGCCCGCAAAGAAGGGCCGGACGCCCUCGUCUCGCGCCAUGCGCCGGAACACUUCGCCCACCGACACGCGCUCCUUGGACAGCAUGACCCUCGUCUUGAGCACGUCAAGCGGCGUCGUCGACGCGGCGGCCACGCCUCCCGCCAAGCUCCCAUAGAGGGCGCUCUCCCCGGCCGAGACGUCCCGCCCGUCGUUGCGGCGCCGGCGACCCCAAGCCUUCAUGGCCUCCCACAGCGGAAACUGGAUGACGGUGAAGGGCACCUCGCGGAAGACGGUGAUGCCCCAGCCGCGGUACAGCUCGCGCCAUACGGCGAAGAGCCCCCCUCCCGUGGCCGAGUACCGGCUGAGGAUGUGGCCUAGGGCCUUUGCGGAGGAGCCGCCGUGGUGGCCGGCCUGGGCGCGCUGCUUGACGACCUCGGUGGGCACGCGCACGGAGCAGGCGGCGAUUUCGCCCAGGCUGGAGGCGCCCAUGUGCGUGAGGAUAUCCGCCGGCACCCAGCCAUCACUUGCGUCGUUGCUAUUUCGUCGUAUUCGUUUGCCGAGAAAGCUCUUUGUAGUUUCGUACGUGCAGAAGAAGAAGGCCGCGCCGGGGGCGGAUCCGACGACGGCGGAGCCGAUGCCGCGGUAGAUGCCUGAGAAGCCGCCCGAGGGGAAGAAGCCGGCGGAGGAUUGGAGCCUGGUCUUGAGGGUGUCGAGGGGGAAGAGGGAGAGGUCGACGGUGGUUCCGGCGAGGGCGCCGGCGAGGAGGGCGGAUUGGAAGGAUGGUGAGGAGGAGGAAGACAUUGCGAGGAGAUGGAGAAGGAAGAAAGGUAAUGAUGAAAAAGAAGGGGAGGGCUGGAGAAGCCCAGCCUCUUUAUUUGGAACAGUGGGAGGAG